AUGUCGUCCAUCUACAAUCUCGAGCCGCAGCCGACGGCCUCGGUAAUCAUGCACACGACGCAGGGCGACAUCUCGGUUGAACUUUUCGCAAAGCAAACACCACUUACCUGCCGCAACUUCCUCCAACUGGCCCUCGACGGCUAUUAUGACAACACAAUCUUCCACCGACUGGUGCCUGGCUUUAUUCUGCAGGGAGGCGACCCGACUGGCACAGGCAAUGGAGGAGAGUCGAUCUACGACGGCGGCGGCUUCAGCGGCGAGCUCGACGCCUGGCCAAUGGACCAGCGACGUGGAAACAACGCGGGUCCCACGGGUAUCGGGUUCAAAGAUGAGUUCCACUCACGAUUGAAGUGGAAUCGGCGCGGGCAGUUUGGCAUGGCGAACGAGAGCAAACCCGACACGAACGGUAGUCAGUUCUUCUUUACGCUCGACAAGGCCGAGGAGCUCAACAACAAAAACACCCUGUUCGGUCGAGUCGCAGGCGAUACGAUUUACAACUUGGCGAAGAUGGGCGAGUUGGAGGUCACACCUGGGACGGAUCGACCGAUGUAUCCCGUGAAGAUCACGAGCAUUGAAAUCCUCGUGAAUCCCUUCGAGGACAUGGUGAAGCGAUCGAGGGUCGCGACCCAAGCACCAAAGACUGUGGUGGUCGAAAGAAAGAAGAAGAGGAAAGGGGGGAAACAACUACUGAGCUUUGGGGAUGAGGAGGGGGAUGCGGAGGAGGUUCCGGUUCUGAAAAAGACCAAGUUCGACACUAGGAUCGUGAUGGAUACGCAGGAAGAGGAACCCGCCCAAACGAAAACCAAACCGAAAAAGGCCAAGACGAAAGAGAACAAGGUGGAAUCAGCAGCCCCUCCUGCGAGACACGAACCCACUCCCGUUGAGGAAAUAGCGGCGAUACCGCCGAAGGAACGAUUGUCACCGCCGAGGAAGAGUGACAUUCCAAUUCGGGUACCAGCGUCUCCAUCGCCCGAACCCGAAGACCGGCCGCGCAAAUCGAAGCUCGAGAUGAUGAACGAUGAGAUUAAAGCACUUAAGGCGGGAAUGGUGCGGAGCAAUCAGCCCGAGGAGGUCAAGGAAACCAAAAAGUCUGCUCUCGAGAGCAUGAUCCCAGAAACAUCGAUACGCGGCCGGAAGAGAAGGGGCGGGGGAAACACGAGCGCCCGCGAGGACCAACAAGCGCUGGAUUUCAUGAAGGCAUUCAAGUCGAAGCUGGAGCAAGCUCCGGAGGAAAAGGACAGUGGGCCGGUAUCUGUCGAUCCGGAGGAGACCGGGGAGGAAAAACAAGGCGCGGAGGAGGAGGCGGAACUUUGUGAUUUGCACUUCAUCGCCGAUUGCCAAAGCUGCAAGGCAUGGGACCAAGCUGGACAGGAAGACAGCGACGAUGAGGGAUGGAUGUCGCAUGCACUCAGUUUCAAGGCAGAUAAGCUGGGCAAGGACCUGAGCUACCGUAAGAAGGCCGAAGACGAGUUGGUUGUGAUUGACCCCAGGGAAAAGGCCCGGACGCUCCAGGAAGAACGGAAGGCAUCGCGAGAGGCCCGGAGCGGAAACUCCGGACGGGAAUGGGACCAGGCACGGAAUGCAAAGAUGGCGAGAGCUUCGGCUCUUGCGGGCAGAGGAGCAAGGUAG